GCUUCACCAGCACAACCAUUCUGCCCAGCGCGCUUCAGCACUCCGAACCUGCGCACUGUGAGAGGGGCACAGCGGGCACAGCACUCGAGUGGGCAUCGAUCUGAUCGAGCGGAGCGGGGAGGACUGAUUUAAAAAACCCCACAAAUCUUAAAAUCUUACAAUCUCACAGUCGCACCAGCAGCAGCGGCAGCGGCGCCAGUUGAAGUCCGGGAGCGCACUGGCGGAGGAGCCGCGCUCGGACAUGGGAGCUUAUUUCUGAGGAGCUUUAUUCGAUGGGAGUUGGGUUUAGUGUCGAAGUGAACCAUGUUUCGUCUCCUGUGCUGCUUGGCAUUGCUGAUCGGCUCCGUGCCACUGCGAGGGACCAACUCACAGCAAGUGUGCACGGGCACCGAGAACAAACUGAGCACGCUCUCGGACCUGGAGCAGCAGUACCGCACCCUGCGCAAGUACUACGAGAACUGCGAGGUGGUGAUGGGCAACCUGGAGAUCACCAGCAUCGACCGGAGCCGGGACCUGUCCUUCCUCAGGUCCAUCCGUGAGGUGACGGGUUACGUGCUGGUGGCUCUGAAUCAGUUCGAUUAUCUUCCUCUGGAGAACCUGAGGAUCAUCCGAGGAACGCGGCUGUAUGAGGAUCGAUACGCCCUCGCCAUCUUCCUGAACUACAGACGAGAUGGAAACUUCGGUCUGCGCCAGCUCGGCCUGAAGAACCUCACAGAGAUUCUUCAUGGCGGCGUGUACGUGGACCAGAAUAAGUUCCUCUGCCAUGCUGAUACCAUCCACUGGCAGGAUAUCGUGAAGAACGUCCGACCAGACAACCUGGUGGUGCCGUCCAACAGCAGCAGCUCAUGUCAGAGGUGCCAUCGGGCGUGUAACGGGCGCUGCUGGGGUCCAAAGGAGAGCCAGUGUCAGAGCCUGACGAAGACGGUGUGUGCCGAGCAGUGUGACGGACGUUGUUUUGGUCCGUACGUCAGUGAUUGCUGCCAUCGGGAGUGUGCAGGAGGGUGCUCGGGUCCCAAAGACACCGACUGCUAUGCCUGCACUAACUUUAACGACAGCGGGGCGUGUGUUACCCAGUGCCCUCAGCCCUUCGUCUACAAUCCCACCACAUUCCAGCUGGAACACAACCCUCGAGCCAAGUACACAUACGGAGCCUUCUGUGUCAAGAAGUGCCCACAUAAUUUCGUGGUGGACCACAGCUCAUGUGUCCGUGCCUGUCCCACCAACAAGAUGGAAAUGGAGGAGAACAAGAUCAAGAUGUGCAUCCCGUGUACCGACAUCUGCCCCAAAGCGUGUGAUGGGAUCGGGACGGCGAGUCUCCAGUCGGCUCAGACCGUCGACUCCAGCAACAUCGACAAGUUUGUUAACUGCACCAAGAUCAACGGCAACCUGGUGUUUCUCAUCACAGGCAUCAAAGGUGAUGUGUAUCAUGACAUCGAGGCUCUGGACCCUGAGAAGCUGAACGUGUUCCGUACGGUUCGAGAGAUCACCGGUUUUCUGAAUAUCCAGUCGUGGCCUGAAAACAUGACGGAUCUGAGCGUCUUCUCCAAUCUGGCAACCAUCGGGGGUCGAUCACUGUACAGUGGAAUCUCUCUGUUGGUGUUGAAGCAGCAGUGGAUCUCAUCACUACAGUUACAGUCCUUACGCGAGAUCAGCGCCGGUAACGUCUACGUCACCAACAACAGCCAACUGUGCUACUACAACACCGUCAACUGGACCGGCCUCUUCCGCAUCCCGACACAGAAAGCCCUGAUCCGGAACAACCGAGACCCCAAAGAGUGCCUCAUGGACAGGAUGGUUUGUGACCCUCUCUGUUCGGAUGCCGGAUGUUGGGGCCCGGGGCCCGAUCAGUGCCUGUCCUGCAGGUUCUUCAGCAGAGGCCGCAUGUGCGUGAGGUCGUGCAACCUCCACUACGGGGAGGCGCGAGAGUUUGCAAACGGCUCUGUUUGUGUGGAGUGUGACGCUCAGUGUGAGAGGGCCGAGGACGAGGGACUGACCUGCACCGGCGCGGGCCCUGAUCACUGUGUGAAGUGUCUACACUUUAAGGACGGUCCGAACUGUGUGGAGAAAUGUCCCGACGGCCUUCAGGGAGCGAACAGCUUCAUCUUCAAAUACGCAGAACCCAACAAAGAGUGCCACCCCUGCCAUGCCAACUGUACCCAGGGGUGUACCGGACCCAGACUGCAGGACUGCAUCGGCAUGAUCGACAGGACUCCUCUGAUUGCGGCCGGCGUUAUCGGUUGUUUGUUCGUGGUGGUCAUCGUGGCGCUGGGCGUGGCCAUAUCGGUGAGAAGGAAGAGCAUCAAAAAGAAGCGAGCGCUCAGACGGUUCCUCGAGACAGAGCUGGUGGAACCUCUCACCCCGAGCGGUACGGCGCCCAAUCAGGCUCAGCUCAGGAUCCUGAAGGAGACGGAGCUGAAGAGGGUGAAGAUCCUGGGCGCCGGGGCGUUCGGAACCGUCUACAAGGGGAUCUGGGUGCCUGAGGGAGAGACGGUGAAGAUCCCGGUGGCCAUCAAGAUCCUAAAUGAGGCGACGGGGCCCAAAGCCAACGUGGAGUUCAUGGAUGAGGCGCUGAUCAUGGCCAGCAUGGAGCAUCCUCACCUGGUGCGCCUGCUGGGUGUGUGUUUGAGUCCCACCAUCCAGCUGGUGACGCAGCUCAUGCCCCACGGCUGCCUGCUGGACUACGUACACGAGCACAAGGACAACAUCGGCUCGCAGCUCCUGCUCAACUGGUGCGUCCAGAUCGCCAAGGGUAUGAUGUACCUGGAGGAGCGGAGGCUGGUGCACCGAGACCUGGCGGCGAGGAACGUGCUGGUAAAAUCCCCCAACCACAUCAAGAUCACCGACUUCGGCCUGGCGCGGCUGCUGGACGCCGACGAGAAGGAGUACAACGCCGACGGCGGGAAGAUGCCCAUUAAAUGGAUGGCGCUGGAGUGCAUCCACUACCGGAGGUUCACCCACCAGAGCGACGUGUGGAGUUACGGUGUGACGAUCUGGGAGCUGAUGACGUUCGGAGGAAAGCCGUACGACGGGAUUCCCACCCGGGAGAUUCCAGACCUGCUGGAGAAGGGAGAGCGCCUCCCUCAGCCGCCCAUCUGCACCAUCGACGUCUACAUGGUCAUGGUGAAAUGCUGGAUGAUCGACGCUGACAGCAGGCCGAAGUUUAAGGAACUGGCUGCUGAGUUCUGCAGGAUGGCCAGAGACCCUCAGCGCUACCUCGUCAUCCAGGGUGACGACCGGAUGAAGUUACCCAGCCCCAACGACAGUAAGUUCUUCCAGAGCCUGAUGGACGAGGAGGAGCUGGAGGAUCUCAUGGAUGCUGAGGAAUAUCUGGUCCCUCACAAUUUCAACAUCCCUCCUCUGACCUACACCACCCGCUCACGCCUCGACUCCAACCGGAACCAGUUCUCGUACCAGGACGGCACUUUCGGCAUGGAGGCCAUGAUGGCGGCUAUCCCGCGGGUCAUGGCCGUGUCCUCUAUAACACCAUCCUGCUCCUCUCAGGAGCCUCAGCAGGGGGCCGCGGGGGCCACGGAGGACCAGCGCUGUAACGGGACCCUGAGGAAACAAGCGUCGCCCCGGGUCAGGGCGGGAGAGGACAGCAGCGGGCAGAGAUACAGUACAGAACCCACGCUACUGCUGAGCGAGCGGGCGGGACGGGCAGAGAAAGAGUCCGAGGGGUACACGGGGGGCAAGAAGCACAAGAAACCCGCGGAUUAUCUUAACCCGGUGGAGGAGAACCCGUUCGUGACCCGGCGCAGGAACGGCGAGGUCCACGCCCUAGACCAGGGGCACCAUUUGAGUUCCAACGGCCAGCCCAAGCUAGACGACGAGUACAUCAACGACCCCCUGUACCUGAACACCUUCCACAGCUCCGGAGAGAGGCCCCAGGACGUUCUUCGUAAGAACGGAGUCCCCGUGGCCAGCACCUCGUCAGUGUCAGCAGGCAUCCCUGCCACGAGCGCCCAGAAUGCUGCCCAGAGCGGGCACCCGUCUUACAGCGCUCCACUGGGACACGGGCACGUCCUCGCACAACCCGUGUACGCCACCCAGUCCGGGAUCCCCACGCUGUCCGGGCACACCAUCCACCCCUCUCUUUCGGGUCACACCCUUCACGCGUCACACACCCUGCACCCGGCGCACACGGGCACGCUGGCGGCCGACAAGAAGCCCAAAAAGACUUUCGACAACCCUGAAUACUGGCAGCACAGUCUUCCACCCAAGUCGUCGUUACACGGGCCGGAGGUCCUGCAGGACUGCAGCACUCGCUUCUUCUACAGGCAGAACGGGCGCAUCCGACCCGCCGUGGCCGAGAACCAGGAGUACCUGACGGAGUACGCCCUAAAAACCGGCUCCGUCCUGCCACCGCCGCCCUACCGCCAGAGGAACACGGUGGUGUAGCACCGGAGCGGCGGGGGGAAGGUGGAGGGAGGGCGUCUGUGUUGUCUUCGCACCCUGGAUCACCAGCAUCGCUUCAGACUUCACCUUCCACUUCCUUCGUCGGCAUCACUGGUGUUCCUGGUACACGGACUGAUUAAAGAGAACCCGGGAACACUGGGAACACUGGGAACACUCACCCUGACCUUACCCUCCUAAAUACCAGUCACACGUCCAGCAGGGUACCGGCCGCUCCUGGACCUUGUUAGAAGAAAUUAUUUCUUAGUUAUGGAAUACCACCAAGUCCUCAAUCACCUCAAGGAACUGGUGGAGAAGAAGUCUGAGAGUCUGAAACUUUCACAUUUAGAAAGACUUCCAGACAAAACCGAGAAGUACCCUUCAUCUGGACUUGUACCCUGGUCUUGGCGCCAUUGGCAUCUUCGGACCAUCUUCUCUAAGACGUCUAGUAAUGAUGAAAGAAAUUUGGUUUUCCAGAUCUGUUUGUAUGCACAAUAACUGCCCUAAAAAUACCCUGAGCCACCCUGGUGGUGUCCCCGAUCUGAGCAUUGAGGAAAUAUGGACACGUUUGGGUUCUGAUCCACUCAUGGUCCGUUCCUCACGUCUCUCGCUGCUAUCCUGACCCACAUUCGGAUGUUUUUAGCCACGACUUUUGCACCGGCUUUCAUAUCAUUUUUUAAUUGCUCAGACACACCGGAGGUUCACUGCCGCCCCGGCCCGCCCCGCCCCGUCCUGUCCCGUUCAGGUCUAUAAAGCAUCGAUAAACAUGACGGGCACACGGAGAGCUUCGGCGGGGCAGGUCCAGCGUCCCGGCGGGCAGGACGAAGCGGAACUUAUGACAUCUACAGCAGGAUCGAUGCUUCAUAAAGGAGGAUGUUUUUCAUCCCUCCGCCGCAAUAUUGUUUUUUAUUGUGCGUCCGGACCGUAUUGAUUUCUGUGCCACGGUCGUCCCGGUGCAGCCCGAGCGGGGCUCUACAGGGCAGCGCAGGGGUGUAAUAAAGCCACGUUAUAGACCGCACACGCCGGAUCGGGUCGAACUCCGGGACGUGUCGAUAAUCAGAAGCGUCGGCGCAGAUACAAAUCCGGGACUGGCGGCUCGGACCGAUCCGUGCUGCAGUCCGGCGCGGAAAUAUCACGGGACGCAUUAAAUUGGAGUAGUCCAUCAGGCGAGGGUCAGCGAGUGGCACGCCCGGGGGACCGGCGCUCCAUAGCAAGCGCUCGAGCUGGCACGAUUAAUGCUGAAGCAGAGGAGCUUAAGUGGAACGAUUGGCAGAAACGAAACGCCGGAGGAUUUACCGUUCAGACCGAGGACUUCUGUUCUGCUCUGCUCUGCUCCGGACUGUGUUUAACCCGGUACGGAGCGAGGGUUGUACUUUAUACCACUGUUAGGACGUGAUGGUGUGGUUUCCAGCACUGCCAGGCGUUACGCUGUGCUGCUAAUACCGGACUCGCUUCCUACAGACGUUCUGAAGCACUUCAAGCUCUGGCACAAAUCACCCUCACCGUUUAUUCUCUUAUUUUACUUAAUUUAGUUUUUAUUUUAAUUAAUGCCCGUCCCUGUAAUGGUUCUGGUCCCUGUAAUGGUUCUGGUCCCUGUAAUGGUUCUGCUCUGUUUAAUGAUUCUGGUCCGUGUUGUUCGGGUUGUUGGACUGACUGGUGCUGCAGCGUGCGUUCCCGAUAUGAUGUAUUUAUUAUUUCUGAUCAGGAAACGUCGGAUUGUUUUGCGUUCGCAGACUUGUUGCUUUUCCACUGGGGGGCGCCGGUACAGUACGGUUCGGUUUGGUUCCACGUGUGUGAUAACCUUCAUGUCCAGGGUACCAAGAGUACCAGUAAGAGAAAAGCCCAUAAAAAUGAAUACAUACACUCACUCACUCCCGUAACCGCUUAUCCAAUCAGGGUCGCGGGGGGUGCUGGAGCCUAUCCCAGCUUUUCAAUGGACGCAAGGCACACAGUAACACACACACAUUCACCUAUAGAGCAAUUCAGUGUCUCCAAUUAACCUGACUGCAUGUUUUUGGACUGUGGGAGGAAACCGGAGCUCCCGGAGGAAACCCACACAGACACGGGAGAACAUGCACAACUCCACACAGAAAGGACCCGGACCGCCCUACCUGGGGAUCAAACCCAGCCACCGUGCCGCCCACAUACAUACACAAAUAAAUAAAUAAAAACCCCAAUUGCGAGAGAAGUUGUAGUCUAGUGCAGGUACAGGACUAGUAAUCAGAAGGUUGCUGGUUUAAGCUCCACCACUGUCAGGUUGCCACUGUUGGGCCCUCGAGCAAGGCCCUUAACCCUUAAUUGCUCAGACCGUAAACUGUAAGUCGCUUUGGAUAAAAGCAUCUGCUAAAUGAUAAAAAUGUAACCUGGUCCGGGUCCCGGCGAGUCCUCUUCACCCCGGAAUCACUGGGCGUGGUGCAUCAACAUUUACAUUUUCAGCAUUUAGCAGACGCCUAUCCAAAGCGACUUACAAUUGAGACUGUAUACAUUGCAAGCAAUCGGGGCCCAAGUUGGCAGACGUGGGGCUUGAACCAGCGACCUUCCGAUUACUAGUCCUGUAUAUUAACCACAGAGCUACCCCUGCUGGACAUCGAUGUAUCACAGAGCCUCAGCCACUUCCAUCCUAACCCCCUGUAGACGUACCCAAUCAAAUAUAUGUCUGCAUGUCGGCAUGUAGAUACCCGACAGGCCGAUAGCACCGCUGGAUUCUGGGGAUUCGAACCCCUUGUCCUCUGAUUGUCAGCUCGAUAUUAAUAGGGCAUUUUUAAAAGGACUCCACCUGGUGCAAAGCAGAAUUUGAGAUUAAGCAACAGAUUUUAAAAUAAUAUCGUAUUUUAAUACAUUUACAGGGUCAGGGUCCCAGUGAGUCCGGUUCACCCCGAAAUCACCAGUCAUACUGCACCGUACCAGCAUUCCAGUCCAGUGGAAAAAUCUUUAGACUCGACUGGUUUGCACUGGGAAACUCAAGCACAAUAGAGUAAACAGCAUUGACCACUUCUUUUCACCUGCACUGGGUUCAUACGGAGAUCCGUAUCAUGCACGGAGAGUCACUUAUCAUCCCCUGUCUCUGUGCAGCGCCAUCGAUCAGCCAGUGGAGGGCGUAACUGCAGCAGUGAUGAAGAAUCCCCUCCGCGGAGUUAUCUCCUCCUCAUCACUGCUGCAGUUACGCCCUCUGCUGGCUGAACGAUGGCGCUGCACAGAGACCCUCGGACUCGAGUCCGAUAUGAGGAGCAGAAUGAUCGCUCUAGCGCCCCCUGGUGUCGUGCACCUUUUGGAUUCAGACUAGUGUAAAUAUUUGCGGCCUUUAGAUUGCGUCCUAUAUUUUAAUAUCUGUAUUUAUCUGAGUUUGGGACACGCCCUAACCCCACGCGGGACCGGUCGGGCGCUAAAUACAGGGUCCGCGUCCGGGAUCUUACACACUGUGCCCUUUUUUUUUUUUUUUUGGACGGGGAUUAGAGAUGGAUCAAGCACACAUGUGUCCUUCCUUUUAUAUUCCCGGAGCGCAAAUAGGGCAGGCAUGUUCCCGAAUCCUCCCCGUUUUACUACUGUUACCUGGAUAAAAUGUGAAUAGUAUUUUUAUAGAUCGGCGACCUGGCCGGGCGAGUUUGUAAAUAAAUAAAUAAAUAAAUAGAAGGGUGACCCACGACCCGCGCUCUUUUAGACUGGGAAUGGGGAUGGG